AUGAAGGAGCAGGCUGUCCCUCCUACCGGCCCUGCCGGCCCUGGCGGCAGCACCGCCCAGCGCCGUCGGCAGGAUGACUGGCGCUCCCGGCGCAAUCCUAUUGCUCCCACUGCCCCUACUUUCCUUGCCAACCGCAUCAUGGAGCUAAUGUCGCAGGCCAUUCAACGCCAAGUUGAUCAGGAAGGUAUGCAGCCCUCGGCUGCUCGUGACGCCCGUGUUACCGAGCUCACCCUGCUGGCAGUUCAAGCCCAGACGGUUCAUGAAUUCGGUGCCCUCCAUGGCGCCGCCCAUGGAGAUCAGGCGGCCCGUGGAGACCAGUUGGCCCGGGUUCGAGGCCAAGGUGGCCCUCUCCGUGUGCGAGGCAGCCGUUAUGAUCGUGGUGGCAGUGGCCGUGGCCGUAGCCGUGGUGCUUACCGUGAUACCUACCGUGUUGCUCACCGUGGUGCUCACCGUGUUGCUCACCGUGCUGCUAACCGUGCUGCUCACCGUGGUGCUCACCGUGGUCACGCUGUCCACGGCACUGCAGCGGGCGAUGCCAACCAGCAGAACCUCGUGGCCCGUGAAGUGGUCCCCGAGCCUGUUGUUAAUGCUGAAUCCAAUUGGUGGGCCGCACCUCAGACUGGUCUGGAGGAGAUCGAAGACCCCAAUGCCCCUUAA